AUGCUGUGUCAGCGUCUUCGACACAAAGUGCCUUUCCGGCAAGAAAAUAAAGUUAACCAUUUUCGCUUUCGAAAUCGAGAUAAAAUUCGCUAUUAUGCUAUUCGUCUUACUCGAAACUUUAACUCUAUUGCAUCAAAGUCAAGAGAAGAGCAACGAGAGCUCAUAAUUGGUUACGUCAAAAGACUCUUCAGUGGGGAUUCCGAGGGUCGAAAUCCUCUUCUCAAGAGGCGCAAUCUUCCAGAGUCUUUCUUUGAACCAGAAUCUGGGGAUGAAAGCACUGAUAUGCCCGAAGACCUCAAGAUUAUGGUGAAACAUGUUCGCCUACUAACAUACCUUGGCCGAGAUGUUGUCCAGAAUCUUGCAGAUGUUAUUAGCACCAAAGAGUUAGAAGCCGGAUCCUAUCUUUUUCGUGAUGGGGAUCUUGAGGAUAAAAUAUUUGUAGUCAAAAGCGGUCGCAUAGAUUUGAAAGUUACAGAUGAGGACGAUUAUUCAACAGUUAUCCACGAGGUUACAAGUGGUGGAAAUCCCUACAGUUUAAUGGCUAUUUUGGACGUGAUGAAUAAUCGAAAAUCAACAUAUCAUCAUAUUGAUGCCGUUGCCAAAACUAGAAGCAAGGUCAUUUUUGUAGCAAUUUCAGAUUUGAUCAAAGUAUGUCGUGAUCAUCCACCAGCUAAUCUUCGACUUGCCCAAAUGAUUGUUAUCCGUUUACAUCGGGUUACGUUUUCGGCUCUUCACUACUUCUUCGGUCUGGAUAAGGAAUUAUUUAGCCAGGAUCGUCAGACCUUUGUAAAGGGCUCAGCAGUAAAAUCUUUGUUAAGCCAAAUCGGUCUUGAAACUGGCACAGCUAGGCGCAGGAGCGGUAGUAGGAGCGGUCAUGAAAAAUUAAAAGCUGUCAUCACGAUGCCCACUGGAACACCAAAUGCCGAUCACCUGAUGCCGCCUUCCAAGCCCACAAACACUGGAAGUAAAAAAUCUGCCAGGACUUCAAGGCCAAGGGAUUUUUCCUCUGAAAAGCACCUUGAUGCUAAUCCCAAUAGCCUCGAGGUGGUCGGUACGUUGGUGUCUGCAAAUUCUGUCACAAAGCUCCUUGAACUUGGCGAAGCUGCCACUGCAAAUAAACUGUGUACUAAUCGCAAGGAUUCUGUCGGAUUAACUCCUUCUGCUCAAAGGGCACUAAUUAGAGCUGCCGAAAAGGAUCUUGCACGACUUUUUGGCAUCCCUGAAGGAUCAACAGCUUUCAAUGAUGGUAUGCUAACUCUUACUGAGGUGUCAAAGGGAGAAUUCAUUUCGAAAGAGGGAGAACUCCAAUCCUCUCUGUACUAUAUCCUCUCGGGAGGCUUUGUGAUUACUCAAGUUCCCUCAGUUGCUGGUCCCGGUUCUACAUCGCCUGUGCCAGUUCUUCACACUUCACCUGGUGAAUUUGUUGGUCUAAUGGGUUUGAUCACAGGAGAGGCCAAUAACUGCAACGCACAAGCCAUAACAGCUUCUUAUGUCGCAGUCCUUGGACGAGAUGAUUUCUUCCGUCUGGUUAGAGCUUAUCCUCAAGUUCUUAUCAACGCUGCUUAUCUUGUUAACCGAAAACUCUCACGCCUACUCAGAAUUGCAGAUUUCGCUCUUGAAUGGCAUGGUGUUGGCGCAGGAAAGGUUCUCUAUAAACAAGGCGACAGUUCAAACUACAUCUAUGUGGUACUCAAUGGCCGUUUCCGUGAGUUUCAUACAAAUCCUGACGGUACUCACAAUGUUAUUGCCGAAUCUGGUCGUGGAGCCUUCUUGGGGUACAUUGAAGUGACUAGUGCCAAACCUAGGAUGAAUACGGUCCUCGCUAUUCGUGAUUCGGAAGUUGUGAAGAUUCCCUCAAUCCUCCUCAACUGGCUCAAGCGUCUGACCCCUCAUCCAGUUAGUCGUUUCAUCCAACUUCUGUCCGAUCGUUUAAUGCAGCCAACUAGCUAUGGAAUUCUUGAAGGCGGUCAGACUUCCUUCGUGCCAUUCACAGCAGGUCCCGGUACCGACUUUGGUGUCGGAGGAGUUCUUCAACAUUCUCAGCUCAACGCGGCUGGAAGUGGGGGAGUAAUGACGAAUCUUCGCGCGAUUGCUAUUCUCCCCACUUCACCGGAUAUCAAUACGGAAGCAUUCACGUUGGAGCUGCAGCAUGCUGUGUCUGUAUUUGGAUCGACAGUUCGACUCACUUCCGACAUUGUCAAGAAACGUCUAGGAGACCAUGCUUUUGAGUCCCUUAAUGAGUACCGCCUCUGCUCUUGGCUGAGUCAUCAGGAAGAUCUCCAUCGAAUGGUAUUUUACAUCACCGAUGGCCCUGGUACACCGUCCACAGCCUGGACACGUCGGUGUCUUAGACAAGCUGACUGCGUCGUCCUAUUAGCUCUUGCCUCAUCCUCUGAUCCAACUCGUCUAUCUCCAGUCGAACAAGCCAUGAAUUAUCUCUCAACAAAGGUCACUAAGAUCCUUGUUCUUCUCUAUCCUCUAGAGACUGAGUACCCACCUGUAAAACGGACGGCAGCGUGGUUGAAUGCACGCCCUUGGGUCACCCAACACUACCAUAUCAGAUGUCCUCCUCGUGUGCUUAAUCCGACGGUGAAAAACUUGAUAUCAUUUUACAGCAAAGUAUUCCUCAUGGAGGCGCCAAAUCCUCACUCGGAUAUGUCGAGAUUGGCGAGAUAUCUCACCGGACAGGCUAUUGGGUUGGUUCUUGGAGGUGGUGGCGCUAAAGGAGGCGCUCACGUUGGUGUUAUUCGUGUUCUUCAAGAAGCCGGUAUCCCUGUGGACAUGGUGGGAGGAACAAGUAUUGGCGCCUUGAUCGGAGCAAUGUGGGCCGAAGAGACUCGUGUUGCCCAACUCUCCCAACGCUCCCGAGACUUUGCCAUUGUCUUCAAAUCUAUCUGGCCAAAACUACGGGAUAUUACAUAUCCUACCGUUUCCCUUUUCUCUGGCUAUGAAUUCAACGCCCAUAUUGAAGCGACUUUUAAAGAUCGUCAAAUUGAAGACCUCUGGUUGCCUUACUUCUGCAUAACAACUGACAUCAGCAAUUGCAAGAUGCGUGUGCACACAAGUGGCUCGCUUUGGCGCUACGUUCGAUCGAGUAUGUCUCUGUCAGGCUAUAUGCCACCGUUAUGUGAUCCGGUAGAUGGCAGUUAUCUCCUUGACGGGGGAUAUGUCAACAAUGUGCCCGCUGAUGUAAUGUCUGCCCUUGGUGCAAAAACAAUAUAUGCUGUCGAUGUUGGCUCGGUCUAUGAAACAAAUCUCACAAACUAUGGGGACUGGCUUUCCGGCUGGUGGUUAAUCUAUCAGAGAUUCUUUCGAUGCUGGGGACCACCCAUCAAGGUUAGCUCCAAUCUAUUCUCUUUAAAUCUCUUCUAUUUAUUCGGUGUAGAAGAUAAUGUUGUGAAAGGUAUUGGAUUCAAGCGGGUUCCAAACUUCACAGAAAUUCAGUCUCGACUGGCAUACAUCUCCUGUAUUCGUCAAUUAGAGGAGGUGAAAGCCAGUGGUAUCUGCCACUAUCUUCGACCACCGAUCGAUAAAUUCCAGACCCUCCAAUUCGCCGCUUUUGAGGAGAUUGUGGCAAGUUCUGUUGGAUAUAACUACGGCAAGGAGGUUUUGUCCUCUUGGAAUGAAACUGGUGAAUUCCAAAAGAUGAUCCCUGCUCUCUACAAACGCGCCAGAUCAAACAGUGUACUCUCAACUGGUUUAGGAUCUAGUAGCUUCCAUAGGAAGUCUCGUUCUAUUUCAUGCGGUAUUGCUAAAUCAGAUGACCGUGGUGGCACACCGGCUAAGGACAGUGCAGGGAAACAGAAAUCGCGUUUGUUCAAUUCUGAUAAUGUUGAAGUUCCUAUUAAACGACGGCGUGGAAGUCUUCAGAAUCUCUCACCCAAACAUUCCAUGGAAUCGACUGAAGAUCGUAUCCUUCCAGAUUUCGAUGGAGAAUGGUGCAAGACAUGGCUUCGACUUCACCCCGAACGUAUUUCCCACCUAGCGAUGGGUUCCACUGCUUUCGACAAACCCGAAGAUACCAAUGUUCUUUCCAUGGCCGAGCAGUGGCUCUAUGCUUCCUCAGGAUCCAUCAAAGACAAACGCAGUCAGUACCAUCACCAUGGACAUCAUCAUUUCAAACGAUUUGCCGACCUCACAAAGUCAGCUACUUUCACAAACUCCGACUCUGACUUAGAAGUACCUCAUGAGACUGCAGAUCGUGUUUCAGAUGAUGACUUCCUUGUCACUGCCUCAGAUCCAGAAUUCUCCUACGCUCGUUUCACAGAAGGGUCUCGCGUUGCCGGGUCUCAACCUGAACGUCGUAGUCGACACCGAAGGGCGAGUAUCUCCAAUUUAGUUCAGUCUGACAUUCAACAAGACGACCUGAGAGUUGAUACUAGAGAAGUUGAUGAAAAUGAAAAUGGCCUGGAAAACGAUCCUGCUGCAGUUGCUGUCGUGAAACCGAAACGACAUCGACUUCAUCAUAGAAGCUCUUUGAAUAGACUCUCCGGAAGGCAUUCCGAACCGCCCUCCAUGUCAAGAAUAGCCGAUUCGCGGGAAACUCGAUUCUAG